GCAGAUUAGCUUCUGCAAAUACCUCAGAAAAUCAGGAAACUCCCAAAAUUUCUCUAGGGACUUAGCAUUUACAAUUACUUCCUAUGCAAAGUUCAUUUGAUUCCAUUAUGUCAUCUCUAGCUCUUGUUCGGAAUCCACUGCUCAUCCUCCUAACUUGUUUCUUCCUUCUUGCAGCAGCUCAAGAGGGUUCCCGCAACGUCCACGUGGGCGAUGUCCUCCAUGCCGACAAUCGAAACCUUACAUGGCAAUCACCAUCUGGUGAUUUUGAAUUUGGGUUUCGCCGUGCUCCAGACCAACAAGAUCGAUUCUUCCUUGCUAUCUGGUUCGCCAACAUACCUGAAAAAACCAUAGUUUGGUCUGCAAAUGGAGACAACCCCGUAGAGACAGAAUCCAGAGUUGAGCUGACCUCCAAUGGUCUAGUGCUCACAGCUCCUUCUGGCAUGGAGCUUUGGUGGUCUAACAGCACUCAAGAUGGCACUGGAGGGGUAUCCCAUGCAGCCAUGCUGGAUACCGGAAACUUUGUCAUCACGGGCAGGAAUUCAGAGAACAUAUGGGAGAGCUUCCAAAAUCCAACAGAUACAAUCUUGCCAGGACAGGAACUAGGCCUAGACAGCAUCCUUUCAUCAGCCAUCUCCGAAACAAGCUACAAGAAGGGAAGAUUUCAGCUCCGUUUCACCUCCGAAUCUCUAGUCCUCAAUCAAAUAGAUGUCAUCACCGGAAAACCUUUGCAGUUUUACUUCAACAUCACAGAUGUUUCCAGGCUGAUCUUCAACAAAUCCGGGUAUAUCCUGAUCAGGAAAUCAAGUGGAAGUCUUGUCGAGAUUGCCCCAGAAAAUACAGUCCCAAAUCAGGACUCAUACUACAAGGCAACACUUGGUUUUGAUGGAGUUUUCACUCUGUAUUCUCACUCCAAGAUCUCGUAUGGAGAUGCAACCUGGGCAUCCUGGUGGUAUAGACCUAAGGAUAUCUGCUCCAGUUUUGUGGGUAUAGAAGCACUGGGAAGUGGGCCUUGUGGGUACAACAGCAUCUGUCAAUCUAACCAGGAUGGGAGGGCGACAUGUCGGUGCCCAUACGGGUUUUCUGUACUGGAUGCUAAGAAUCCACUUUUUGGAUGCAGGCCCAACUACCAGAGCAAGCCAGAAGACUGUGACGAGGAAGGCUUUACUAUUGGGGAGGAUCGUUUUGAAUUCAAUACAAUGCAAUUUGCAGAUUGGCCCUUUAGUGACUACGAACUCCUGCAGCCUGUAAAUGAGACAGAAUGCAGUAGGUCUUGCCUUAUUGACUGUAUCUGUGCAGUAGCCAUCCUGGAGGCUCCGGAGCUGAACAAUGGCACUGGACGCUGCUGGAAGAAGAAACUACCGCUUUCAAAAGGGUGGUUCAAUCAAGAACAAAUUAAUAGAAAAGCAUUUAUCAAGGUACUGAAAUCAGGUGAAUCUCCAUUGAGCCCUCCCAAUCCAAAUCCAAGCGAAAAAAGGCAGAAUCAAGUCAAUCUAAUUCUCUCGGUCCUCUUAGGCACAUCAGCAUUUUUCAACAUUUUUACUUUGGCUGUAAUUUCCCUGUUUCUGUUCUGUUUCUACCAAAGAAAGCUUAAGGAUCUCAACGGAAUCCAUGGUAAAGGAGAGAUUGAGACGAAUCUGCGUUGCUUCACAUACAAAGAACUUGAAGAUGCCACAAAAGGAUUCAAGGAAGAACUGGGAAAGGGUGCCUUUGGAACUGUUUAUAAAGGAGAACUGUCCAGGAAUUAUGUUGCCGUCAAGAAACUAGAAAAGGUUUUUCAGUGUGGGAAGAAGGAGUUCAAGACGGAAGUGAAGGUGAUUGGACAUACUCGCCACCAGAAUCUGGUGAGAUUGCUUGGAUACUGCAAUGAGGAUGAGAACCGGCUUCUUGUGUAUGAGUUGAUGCAGAACGGAUCUCUGGCGAGCUUCCUAUUUGGAUUUCUGAGGCCUAGUUGGAAACAGAGGUUGCAGAUUGCAUCCGGAAUUGCCAGAGGACUAACAUAUCUGCAUGAAGAAUGCAGCACUCAGAUCAUUCACUUGUAACUCUAUGUUAGUGUUUGGUUGUAUUUUUUGUUAGUAUAGUUCUUUUUUUUUUUUUUUUUUAAUGUUUUAUUAGUAUGGUAGAAUCAAGGAACCAUGUCUAGAUAUUUUGUAUAUCAUCAAUGUAUGGUGUUUUAUGGAUUCGGUAGAAUUGGUAGAACAAACAACACUCUAUGUU